AUGGAGCAAUUUCCCGUUUCUUGUAAAGAUGUUUAUUAUGUGAACAGACAUAUAUGGGAAGGAGAAGUAGACACGAAACUUUGCCCUCACGAAACUAUCUCAAACCCCGUCAUUUAUUAUAUGGCUCUGCCAGGCCGCUUCGCCAUUGCACUCCUUGAUUACGCUACUUUUCUAUGCAUUGUUCUGACUUGCUUAUCGUUUGUUCAAACUGGUGGCACUAAUAUUAGGCUAUUACGUUCUUAUUGCAUUGUUUACAGGAAUAAAGCUGAAAGCUGUCAAUCAAAUGAGUUUCUUAGUUACCUAUCACUCAGUGCAGUUUUUAUGAGCAAACAGCUGUUUUUAAGGCACGCUAGGCUCGUGAACCCGUUCUGGUUGUUUUUAUGUGAUCCACCUUUUAUUUUAAAGCACGAAAAUUGCUCUCUUGUUUGGAGGGUCAAUGUGCAUGCUGCAAAGAGGGAUUUACACUUUUCUGCACAAAAUACGGCUUGGUUAAAGUUUAGUUUAGAAAGUAAAAAACUUGAUCAGGUUUUGGACCUGCGUUUGCGCCAGGUUCUUGCCAUCAUUUUUGGUACAGUAGAAAUGCUCUUUUUUGGAGGCAUUAUUUUUGGCUUUAACGUCCUUACUCCUGUUCUUCAAAAGGAAGGAAUUUUUAGCUAUCUUUGUGACAAAAGUGCUAAUAAAACAGCCGGUUGCAGUGAGCAGACGACAAUAUACGGUUAUGCCUUUAUCACUUACAUGGUUGUUCAAAUGGUCAUGCUCUUCAUUGUCGGCUUUCUCGUGGACCGCGUGGGCCUUCGCAUUGUGAAAUUAAGUGCAUCUAUACUAUUCUCUAUUGGAGCGGCUCUUUUUGCAGUCACCAGCGCUACGAAUUCAUGGCUAAUCUUUCCUGCAGGUUCGUUAGUCUGCAUUGGUGGAAUGGCCGGUCUCAUCUGCAAUCUUUCCUUCUCAAAACUCUUCACAAAAACUUCGGUUUUUGUCCUUGCAUUCAUAACUGGCUCUUAUGACGCAGCCUCAUCGGUGUUUGCUGUUUUCGCGAUUGCAUACGAGGCUGGUUUUUCUUAUAAAUUAGCUUUCUUCUUACUUGCUGGAGUGAGUUUGGCAAUGAACAUCUUUAGCAGCCUCUUUAUUGCUACAUAUCGUCUCUCUGAUAUGUCAGAUGUUUAUAUCGAUGAUACUUUUUGUAAAACAUUUGUUACUCGUUUACAUUUGUUCAUCUGA